AUGGUAGACGAUGCUCAGGUUAUUUGCCUCCUCAAUGUGCUCGGUGUCAGCGAUGUGAAUAUUCCGGCAGGGCCUAGACAGUACUGUUCGUCAUAUUUCGACGAGCUUUUGUCGACGCUCCCUGUUGGUAUGAAAGAUGCUUAUGCGAAGGCACGUGAGGAUUUCACGUUUGAGGCAGUCGACUAUGAUUCUGAUGUUACACACGAAGCCGAGGAAUUAAAGGAAGACCUCCGCUCAACUGUUCUCGGUAAGGUGCCUGACUCUUUGCUCAUAGCGUUGUCGUCGGUGCCUUGUGAUACAGCACCAGUGUGCCAAGAGAUUGCGACUAUUCCCAAGGCAGCAUUCCAGUGUCUUAGCGUUCAUGAUUUCGUAGUGCGUCUAUCCGGUCGAGAGCAGUGGGAAGACUAUGUCCAGCUUCAUAAGAUCACUGGCUUUGUUACACUAGCGGGUCCGUUCGACUUUGAAGGGGUUAUUUAUACGUUGAUAGCGGCACCGUACCGGGCGGGAGCAGUUCUGUUGGAUUGGCCCAAAGUCUACCAGCGAGUGUAA